AACCACUACUCCAGUGGUAGACAAGCUGAGAAACGAUGAUUAUAACACGUGGAAUGAAACUCAUUCUAAUGCGUGAGAAAUUAUGGUAGUAUACCAUAGGUGCAAGUACUGCUACAAAUGCAGAGAUGGGUAUAGAUGUGUGGACACUUAUUCUUUUGCAUGUGGAUAAAUCUCUGUAUGCACAUGUGGAAAAAACAACAAAAGCAAAGGAAGCUUGGGAUACUUUGGAAAACCUGCUUGCUGGAUCUUCUCGAAUAUUUGGAAGAGCACGGUACAAUUAAAGGUUAUCCAAAUGCACAAGCAGCUGAAAAUGUUGCAUUCAAAGAUUGUGAUAUUCUUGUGCUUGCAGCAAUAGAGAAGUGUAUUACGUGUAAAAAUGCCAAUGAAAUUAGAGCUAAGAUUGUAGCUGAGGGUGCUAAUGGGCCAGUUACACCAGCUGCAGACAAAAUAUUACAAGACCGCAAAAUUUUAGUUCUUCCGGACAUAUUUUGCAGCGCUGGUGGUGUAACUGUAUCAUAUUUUGAAUUUCUGAAGAAUAUUAACCAUGUUUCAUUUGGGAGGCUGCAUUUUAAAUAUGAAACAGAUUCCUAUAUCAGCUUAAUGCAGUCAGUAGAGCUGUCUUUAAGAAAAUGUAAGAUUGACUGUGAGAUAAAUCCAACAGAAACAUUCAGGAAAAGACUGUGUGAACCUUCUGAGAAGGAUAUAGUUGAUGCUGGCUUGAGAUACACAAUAGAACGAGCUGGUGUUGAAACACUUCGUACAGCAAGUGAACUACAGUUGUGCUUAGAUCUGAGAACAGCAGCAUACUGCAAUGCUAUUGAAAAGAUAUUCAGAACUUAUGAUAAUGCUGGGUUGGCUAUGUAAGCCCCUCAGCUACAUGUCAGUUCCUGGGUGUCACAAGGUUAGUGAGCGACUCAUAGACUUCAGCGCUAUACAAUAUAUGGAUGAGUAAAUAAGAGUUGAUGUCUACCGGGUCUUUUUUAAAAGGUUUAAUAUUGAAUGAAGCCUUUUUUGGAAGACUUUUUUGUAUUUGACUCACUUCAAAUGAUACAAAUGUGAUUGUUCAAAUUACUGUAAGAUACGUGUAGCUAUAUGUAUGUACAAUAUGUCACAUUACUGGAAUACAAAAUUUGUAAAGUAAACCAAGGAAACACAAAGAUUUUCAUUUAUUUUGAAGAAAUGGAACUGUUCUAUAAAAUGAAUUUGACACCAAUUUUGAUAAAGAAAAUUAAGAAUGAAAACAGAAUAAUACAAAUUGAAAUAAUUCAAACAUAGAUGUACUGGUUCAUUCAUUCACGCAUUGUGUUCCAUAAAUUACACCUGGAAGCAAAGCCAUUCAAGGAUGUAGAACAAGUCAUGCUAUGCUCAACAGGCAUGGGCCACUGCAAUCAGUCACUUUA